AUGCCUGAAACUGCUGGCUUCGGGCAACUCCGAGAGAAGAGGAGGCACUCAGUGGCACAAACGAUUACUCUCACGAGUUUUGCCUUCUUCCUGACUUCGUGGCUGAACUCGGCGUCGGGAACGUCCGCGAACGAUCUGCAAUUUGUGCCGAACUCCAGUGACAUAGAACCCUGGUUUCAGCAUCCUUGUGGCACCCGAUUGGCGGCCUCGCGAAGGAUGCACAACUCCAGCGACUCGAACAACAUUAUGAAGAGGGUGCGAACGCAAUUGCGAGUCGCGCAGAAUCACUUCAACAAGACUUUCAAGGACGUGCGCAUAGUUUACUCGAAGGUAUACAGAGUGCUGCUGAAAGAGCAGUAUAAAAUGAAUUGGUUGCCUAAAAGGCAGCUCGAGUGGUAUCACACGGAACUUUGGUGUUUGGAAAGGGGAAAGAAAGCUGAGCGUGCUCUUCCACGUCUAUACGAUGCGCUUCAAAGGUUCUCGUUUACGUUUCACCUUCUUAAAGAAUAUCGUCUUGACUCUAACAUCGAUGUCACUCGCAGCAUCAUUAAGAGGCGGACUAGGAUUAUCGACAAAGCGCAUAAUCAAGUUCUUAGGUUGCUGUGUGAAGUCGAAGCCGCUAUGAUAAACCUAGAAUUAAGAACUUCUGGUUUAAACGACGCAUUCAUCAUAACGGACAAUUUGCAUUGGGCCAAAGAGGGCGAUCUGACUGUAAUGUUGAUUCAAGAUUGGGGCGUGUUAAAGCUUUAUCAUACUUUUCUGAAAGAUUGGAUAAAAGUUUUCCGCAACGCCACCACUGACAACACUUGCGACCAUAAUAUUAAAAAAACGCCUUUAACUUUUACGCCGAAUAUGCCUAAAAAGUGGUUGAAGGGCAAAGGAAUGAGGAAACAUAAACCGACAAGGAAACCUGGUCGAAAUAAUUCUUUGCGUCAGAAUCUGCGGAAGGGAUCUCAAAGGAACAGACUGAUGAAGAAGCAAAAAGGACCUACGUUACGAACAUAG